AUGCCAUGGAGCGCAGCAGUGGGCCGCUUAUCACUCCGCUGCGCAGAGCCUGCCGAUCUGAGAGACACAUGGCCACGGCCUGCGCUGCCGCCAAUGGACCCGCGCUCUGACGAGCUCACGUUCCAGCAGAUCGACAUCGAGGAGCACCAGGUGCCGAAUGCCGCGCCGCAGAUCCGCAUCUGGGGCGUCACAGCCACGGGCCACUCGGUGCUCGUGCACGUCUCGGCCUUCCUGCCGUACUUCUACAUGCACGCCCCGCGCGGUUUCGUCGCCAGCGACUGCACAGCCUUUCUCAAUCACCUCUGCACGCUCUUCGGCCGCGGCUCAGCCACCGCGGUGCAGCUACUCGCGCGCAAGAGCUUGAUGCACUACAUGGGCGACGCAGAUGUGCAGUUCCUGAAGAUCUCGGCGGGUGACCUGCGGGCGCUGAGCAAGAUGCGAGAUGACAUCGAGCGCGGCGAGGUGUCCUUCCGCGACCUGCUCUCGGCGGGCGACUCGCAGCUGACGUACGAGAACAUCGCCUACCCUCUGCGCUUCAUGAUCGACAAGGACAUCGUCGGCAUGAACUGGCUCACGCUGCAGCCCAACACGUACGCGCUGCGCUCGGAGAGCACCAAGAUCUCGACGAGCCAGAUCGAGGUCGACGUGCGGCCAGACGGCAUCGUCUCGCACAAGCCAGACGGCGAGUGGAGCGCCACGGCACCGCUGCGCAUCCUCAGCUUCGACAUCGAGUGUGCAGGGAGGAAAGGCGUGUUUCCCGAGGCGGAGAUCGAUCCGGUCAUUCAGAUUGCCAGCAUGGUCACGCGGCAGGCAGGCGAGUCGGCGCCGUUCAUCAAGAACGUCAUGACGCUCAACACCUGUUCGCCCAUCGUGGGCACGCAUGUGAUGGACUUUCAGCGCGAGGUCGACCUGCUCGAGGCGUGGGCUAAGUUCGUGCAGACGGUCGACCCGGACGUGGUCAUCGGCUACAACAUCGCCAACUUCGACUUUCCCUACCUGCUCGACCGCGCCAAGGCGCUCAAGGCGACCAAGUUCCCGUACCUCGGGCGCGAGAAGAACACAAAGACGGAGGCCAAGGACACGCACUUCUCGUCUAAGGCGUACGGCACGCGCGACAGCAAGAACACGGAGCUGCAGGGGCGCCUGCAGCUCGACAUGCUGCAGGUCAUGCAGCGCGACUACAAGCUGCGCUCCUACAGCCUCAACAGCGUGUCCUACGAGUUCCUCGGCGAGCAGAAGGAGGACGUGCACUUCUCGCUCAUUACGGAGCUGCAGAACGGUGGUCCCGAGGCGCGGCGGCGACUGGCCGUCUACUGUCUGAAGGACGCAUAUCUGCCGCAGCGGCUGAUGGACAAGCUGAUGUGCUUCAUCAACUACGUCGAGAUGGCGCGUGUGACGGGCGUGCCGUUCAACUACCUCCUCUCGCGCGGCCAGCAGAUCAAGGUCGUCUCGCAGCUCUUCCGCAAGGCCAACGAGGACCACUACCUCGUGCCGGCGCACAAGGGCGAGGGCACCGACGAUCAGUACGAGGGCGCCACGGUGCUGGAGCCGAAGCAGGGCUACUACGACGUGCCGAUCGCCACGCUCGACUUCGCCUCGCUGUACCCGUCAAUCAUGAUGGCGCACAACCUGUGCUACACGACGCUGCUCACCAAGCCCACGAUCGACCGCCUCGGCCUCGUCAAGGACAAGGACUACGUCAUGACGCCGAACAACAACUUCUUCGUGAAGCCAGGCGUGCGCAAGGGCCUGCUCCCGACGGUGCUGGAGGACCUGCUCGGCGCGCGCAAGCGUGCGAAGGCGGACCUCAAGAAGGAGACGGACCCGUUCAAGCGCGCCGUGCUCGACGGCCGGCAGCUGGCGCUGAAGGUCAGCGCCAACUCGGUGUACGGCUUCACCGGCGCCACCGUCGGCAAGCUGCCGUGUCUGGAGAUCUCGAUGAGUGUCACGGCCUACGGUCGCCAGAUGAUCGAGCAGACGAAGACGGCCGUCGAGUCGCGCUACACGAUCGCCAAUGGCUACGAGCACGACGCCGAGGUCGUGUACGGCGACACCGACUCGGUGAUGGUCAAGUUUGGCGUCUCGGAUCUGGCGCGCGCGAUGGAGCUGGGCGCCGAGGCGGCCGAUAUCGUCUCGGCCACAUUCGUCAAGCCCAUCAAGCUUGAGUUCGAGAAGGUCUACUUCCCCUACCUCCUCAUCUCGAAGAAGCGCUACGCCGGCCUGUACUGGACGAACGCGGAGAAGUACGACAAGAUGGACACCAAGGGCAUCGAGACGGUGCGCCGCGACAACUGCCGCCUCGUCCGCAUGGUCAUCGACACGUGCCUGCGCAAGAUGCUCAUCGACCGCGACGUCAAGGGUGCAGAAGACUUCGUCAAGCAGGUCAUCUCGGACCUGCUGCAGAACAAGAUCGACUUGAGCCAGCUCGUCAUCACCAAGGCGCUGGCCAAGGCCGACUACGCCGCGAAGCAGGCGCACGUCGAGCUGGCCGAGCGCAUGCGCAAGCGUGACGCUGGCUCGGCACCGGCGCUCGGUGACCGUGUGGCGUAUGUCAUCGUCAAGGGCAGCAAGGGUGCGGCGGCCUACGAGAAGUCCGAGGACCCGCUGUACGUGCUCGAGCACAACAUCCCGAUCGACACGCGCUACUACCUCGACAACCAGCUGGCGAAGCCCCUGAUGCGCAUCUUUGAGCCAAUCUCCGGCGCAGGCGCCAAGGGUCUGCUCAAUGGCGCGCACACGCGCAGCGUCCAGGUCGCCACCUCGACGGUCGGCUCGCUGAUGAAGUUCGCCGUCAAGACGGCGCAAUGCCUCAGCUGCCGCACGCCGCUGCCGGCCAAGCUUGGCGAUGCUCCCGUGUGCGAGCGAUGCCGCCCGAAGCUGCCCGAGAUCUACGCCGAGAAGCUGAUGCGCGCCUCAACACUCGAGGAGGAGUUUGCGCGCCUCUGGACGGGCUGCCAGCGCUGCUCCGGCACCGUGACGCAGGACGUGCUGUGCAGCAACUCGGACUGUCCUGCGUUCUACUCGCGCCGCCGCGCGCAGAAGGACGUCGAAGAGGCCGAGCGCGUGCUGAGCCGCUUCGACACGACAUGGUGA